CCGCCUUACGCCGGCAGCGCAGUCCCCGGCGCUGGGGGCGGGCGGGCGCGCGGGGUGGGCGCAGCGGCGUCGUGAAUCGCGGCCUACGGGGCCGUGAGUGUGCGCUUUUCCUGGUCCUGAUCGCGUCUCCCCGCCGGCAUGAGCUACGACCGCGCCAUCACCGUUUUCUCGCCCGACGGCCACCUCUUCCAAGUGGAGUACGCGCAGGAGGCCGUGAAGAAGGGCUCGACCGCGGUUGGUGUCCGAGGAAAAGACAUAGUUGUUCUUGGUGUGGAGAAGAAGUCAGUGGCCAAACUGCAGGAUGAAAGAACAGUGCGGAAGAUCUGUGCUCUGGACGACAAUGUCUGCAUGGCGUUCGCAGGCCUCACUGCUGACGCAAGGAUAGUCAUCAACAGGGCGCGGGUGGAAUGCCAGAGCCACCGGCUGACCGUGGAGGACCCGGUCACCGUGGAGUACAUCACACGGUACAUCGCCAGUCUGAAGCAGCGCUACACACAGAGCAACGGGCGCAGGCCGUUUGGCAUCUCUGCCCUUAUUGUGGGUUUUGACUUUGAUGGUACUCCCCGACUCUAUCAGACUGAUCCCUCUGGCACGUACCAUGCCUGGAAGGCCAACGCUAUAGGCAGGGGUGCCAAGUCAGUGCGUGAAUUUCUAGAGAAGAAUUAUACUGACGAAGCCAUUGAAACAGACGACCUGACUAUUAAGCUGGUUAUCAAGGCCCUCCUGGAAGUGGUUCAGUCAGGCGGCAAAAACAUCGAACUUGCUGUCAUGAGACGAGAUCAGCCCCUCAAGAUUUUAAAUCCUGAAGAAAUUGAGAAAUAUGUUGCUGAGAUUGAAAAAGAAAAAGAAGAAAAUGAAAAGAAGAAACAAAAGAAAGCAUCAUGAUGAAUGAAAUUUUGCCUGUAGCGAUUUUUAAAUUCAAAUCAUGGCUGAUUUUCCAAAUGACAUGUAGGCAUUUCUGUCCCCUUUAUCCAUACUGUCCAAGUGUCCUACAAUAAACUUCCCUGUUUUUUAACCUUU